UGUGCGAGGGCUUAUUCAGUAUUACUAUUAAUAAAAAUGCCGCGUCGUAGAAAAUCUAAUCUUUCCCGGCGGACCCGUAAUGCAAUUAGGCAACGGAAUAUCGCGAGUCAAUUAUCUGACGAAGAACGAGAAAUCGCCCGAGAAAGGCGCCGCAUUAGUACCCAGCAAAGAAGGGCCUUAAUUCGUGCUUCUCAAAGAGAGGCAGCCCGUAAAACGGCAAUAAGAAAUGGUUCAAGUAUUUGUGCUGCCUUAGUGGCAAUGACAAGUCCGAAUCUGGCGACUAAAAAUGAUCCGAUGGUAGCAAGUGAUUUGGAAAUCGGCCCGAUCAAAAUCGAAAAGGGCACGAGCACAGACGAUGAGAGUAACGAGGAGCCAGAGCUGGAGACGCCGGCGAAGAAAAUUCGAAUAUCCGAACAGCCAGAGCCAAAGAAUGAAAAAAUUAAAAAACGUGGAAAAAACUUCUCGCCGGAGGAGGAGCUAACCCUGGUAGAGCUUGUCGAGGAGCGCAACGAUGUGCUGAACAACAAGAAAUCGGAUGCAUUUACGUGGAAGCACAAGGAGGAAGUCUGGGCAGAGCUCACAAACAGUUUCGUAGCGAAAACUGGAGUUAACCGCGAAUGGCGGCAACUGAGGGACAAAUAUCUGCAUAUGAAGCGUAGAGCGAAAGUGGAGCUGGCCAAGGAGCGAGCACACUGCCAGCGCAUGGGCGGUGGGGAACCAGUUACGCCCAUAGUUUCAACUGUUUCGGAAAAAAUUGUUGCCAUGAUCGGAGAUGCAGCGCUGUGCCUAAAGAAUGCCCUGGAGACUGAUGGAUGUCAGCUGGAAAAUGAGCAGAGCUUUGAGGGGGACGACGACAUGAUGUAUAAUUUCGUAUCAGGAGAUCUGGAUGCUAAUGAUAUGACCGUAUCGGAGGACGAUCUGACCAGCACGAGUUCCAAGUGGGCCACCAGUAAUACGGCCAAUACAGUUCGGCCUCCAGUUCUCAAUAACAAACUACCCGACAAAGUUCCUAAUUCCAAAAGUACCCUGGACGAGGAGAGAUUAAAGCUGUUGCAGCUACGGCAAAAUUUCUGUAGAUGCGAAAAUGAGCGAGCGCAGGAAAAACACGAACUGGAAAUGUAUGAGAAGCGUAGCAAACUCGAAGACGAGGCCAGAGAGCGUAAACUGCGCAUUGAACUCUUGGAGCUCGAGAUAAAACAGAAGAAGGCCAAACAGGAGCAAAGUAUACAUUUAUUUAAUUAGUUGUAAGAUAACUGCA